ACAGGGAUGUACUAGAGUAGUACACGGAAGCAUCAUGGGAAUUCGAAGGAAAUACGAUGAAAGUACAACGAAAGUAUGAAGGAAGUACAAAGUUUGUACUCCUCUUAUACUUCAUUCGAAUUCGCACUGUGCUUCCUUUGGGGAGUACAUGUGAGUAUUAGAGUCUCGAUUUUCCCUCCUUAUGCAUAAAUCACGUUACCGAGAAAAAAUUGAACAUCUCCAUUGCGGGUUGGCUAAACGUGCUCAUUUUUUUAACCAGGUAUAGAAGCAUGCUCACAUUUCAGAACCUAUAAGGCCAUGGUUAGUGAGGACCUUUAUAAAGGACCACGACACGAAAACUUUACUUGUUCACAAAUAGAAAAAGAGGACGAUUCAGUAUUUGUUAUUUUUCUAUAAAGAUAAACUUAAUUCAUUUUAUAAUUGAACUAUUAAUGUCUAUAUUUGUGUAAUAUAUAAUUAAAAAUAAAUUUAGAUUGGUUUAGCUGUAAGUGAUGUAAAUGAUUUUCAAAAAAAUGCUAAACGUGAGAAUUUACGUUCAAGAAUUUUGACAGUUUUAAAUUUUCAAGCAAAAUUUGGUCCACUUUGUAGUGCAUCAUCAAAACUGAUGUUUACUUUGGGUCGUAAUUUUCCUCAAUUUUUAACUGGUUUGAAAUUUGAUGUUACGCAGUUAUCAUUACGUAUAAAACCAAUACAAGUACCAAAUCGUGCAAUGCGUCUUAUUCAAUGCCGUGUUGGAUAUGUACCAAUGAAAAAAACUAAAGAAAUUACAUCUAAUGUUGUUCAAGAUAAAGAAAAUGUACAAGAAAUUUAUAAUGAAAAUUUAAUACAUAAAGUUAAUGAGAUUCGUGAAGAAAUUGAUAAAACACAAUUAAAAUUUACACAAGAACUUCAUCGAUUAACAAUCAAUUUAUCAAAAUUAAUCGAUAAAUGA